GGUUUUACAUAAUUAUUGUAUGGCCUUACCUUACAAUAUAAAGUGCCUUGGGGCAACUGUUUGUUGUGAUUUGGCGCUAUAUAAAAAAAUUAAAGAGAAAGAGAGAAGAGACAAAGUGGCGCCAUUGUUUUUAUAAUUUUUGCAUGGAAUUUGGUCUGUCAGGCUGCUGUCAUCUUGUCGGGUCUCUCAGCGGUUUGUUUGGUUGGUUUCAUCUUGUCAGGUCUCUGAGAGGUCUGUCAGGUUGGUUUCAUCUUGUCGGUUCUCUCAGCGGUCUGUCAGGCUGGUUUCAUCUUGUCGGGUCUUUCGGCGGUCUGUCAGGCUGGUUUAAUCUUGUUGGGUCUCUGAGCGGCCUAUCAGGCUGGUUUAAUCUUGUUGGGUCUCUGAGCGGCCUGUCAGGCUGGUUUCCUCUUGUCGGGUCUCUGAGCGGUCUGUCAGGUUGGUUUCAUCUUGUCUCGUCUCUGAGCGGCCUAUCAGGUUGGUUUCAUCUUGUUGAGUCUCUGAGCGGUCUGUCAUGCUGCAGGUUGGUUUCAUCUUGUUGGGGCUCUAAAUGGUCUGUCAGGUUGGUUUCAUCUUGUCGAGUCUCAGCGGUCUGUCGGGUUGGUUUCAUCUUGUCAGGUCUCUGAGCGAUCUGUCAGGUUGGUUUCAUCUUGUCAGGUCUCUGAGCGAUCUGUCAGGUUGGUUUCAUCUUGUCGGUUCUCUGAGCGGUCUGUCAGGCUGGUUUCAUCUUGUCAGGUUUCUGAGCGGUCUGUCAGGUUGGUUUCAUCUUGUCUGGUCUCUGAGCGGUCUGUCAGGUUGGUUUCAUCUUGUCGGGUCUCUGAGCGAUCUGUCAGGUUGGUUUCAUCUUGUCGGUUCUCUGAGCGAUCUGUCAGGUUGGUUUCAUCUUGUCGGGUCUCUGAGCUGUCUGUCAGGCUGGUUUCAUCUUGUUGGGUUUCUGAGAGGUCUGUCAGGUUGGUUUCAUCUCGUUGGGUCUCUGAGCGGUCUGUCAGGCUGGUUUCAUCUUGUUGGGCCUCUGAGAGGUCUGUCAGGCUGCUGUCAUCUUGUCUGGGCUCUCAGCAGUCUGUCAAGCUGGUUUCAUCUUGUCGGGGCUCUCAGCGGUCUUUCAGGCUGUUUCAUCUUGUCGGGUCUCUCAGCAGUCUGUCAGGUUGGUUUCAUCUUGUGCGGUCUGUCAGGCUGGUUUCAUCUUGUUGAGUCUCUGAGUGGUCUGUCAGGUUGGUUUCAUCUUGUUGAGUCUCUGAGCGGUCUGUCAAGCUGGUUUCAUCUUGUUGGGGCUCUGAGUGGUCUUUCAGGCUGGUUUUCAUCUUGUUGGGACUUUGAGCGGUCUGUCAGGCUGGUUUCAUCUUGUUGGGACUCUAAGCUGUCGGUCAGGCUGGUUUCAUCUUGUUGGGACUCUAAGCUGUCGGUCAGGUUGGUUUCAUCUUGGGGCUCUGAGUGGUCUGUCUGGUUGGUUUCAUCUUGUUGAGUCUCUGAGUGGUCUGUCAUGCUGCAGGUUGGUUUCAUCUUGUUGGGUCUCAGCGGUCUGUCAUGCUGCAGAUUGGUUUUAUCUUGUCGGGUCUCUGAGCGGUCUGUCAUGCUGCAGGUUGGUCUCAUCUUGUCGGGUCUCUGAGCGGUCUGUCAUGCUGCAGGUUGGUUUCAUCUUGUCGGGGCUCUGAGCGGUCUGUCAUGCUGCAGGUUGGUUUCAUCUUUUUAGGGCUCUGAGCUGUCUGUGAGGUUGGUUUCAUUUUGUUGAGUCUUUGAGUGGUCUGUCAGGCUGGUUUCAUCUUGUUUGGGCUCUGAGUGGUCUUUCAGGCUGGUUUCAUCUUGUUGAGUCUCUGAGCGGUCUGUCAGGUUGGUUUCAUCUUGUUGAGUCUGAGCACUCUGUCAGGUUGGUUUCAUCUUGUUGAGGCUCUGAGUGGUCUGUCAGGCUGGUUUCAUCUUGUCGGGUUUCUGAGCAGUCUGUCAGGCUGGUUUCAUCUUGUCAGGUCUCUGAGCGGUCUGUCAUGCUGCAGGUUGGUUUCAUCUUGUUGGGGCUCUGAGCGAUCUGUCAGGUUGGUUUCAUCUUGUUGGGGCUCUGCGUGGUCUGUCAUGCUGCAAGUUGGUUUCAUCUUGUCAGGGCUCUGAGCGGUCUGUCAGGUUGGUUUCAUCUUGUUGGGGCUCUGAGCGGUCUGUCAGGUUGUUUUCGUCUUGUUGUGUCUCUGAGCGGUCUGUCAGGCUGGUUUUGUGUUGUUGGGUCUCUGAGUGGUCUGUCAGGUUGGUUUUGUGUUGUUGGGGCUCUGAGUGGUCUGUCAGGUUGGUUUUGUGUUGUUGGGGCUCUGAGCGGUCUGUCAGGCUGGUUUCGUGUUGUUGGGGCUCUGAGCGGUCUGUCAGGCUGGUUUUGUGUUGUUGGGGCUCUGAGCGGUCUGUCAGGUUGGUUUUGUGUUGUUGGGGCUCUGAGCGGUCUGUCAGGCUUGUUUCGUGUUGUUGGGGCUCUGAGCGGUCUGUCAGGCUGGUUUUGUGUUGUUGGGGCUCUGAGUGGUCUGUCAGGUUGGUUUUGUGUUGUUGGGGCUCUGAGUGGUCUGUCAGGUUGGUUUUGUGUUGUUGGGGCUCUGAGCGGUCUGUCAGGUUGUUUUCGUCUUGUUGUGUCUCUGAGCGGUCUGUCAGGCUGGUUUUGUGUUGUUGGGUCUCUGAGCGGUCUGUCAGGUUGGUUUUGUGUUGUUGGGGCUCUGAGCGGUCUGUCAGGCUGGUUUCGUGUUGUUGGGGCUCUGAGUAGUCUGUCAGGUUGGUUUCGUGUUGUUGGGUCUCUGAGCGGUCUGUCAGGUUGGUUUCAUCUUGUGUCUCUGAGUGGUCUGUCAGGCUGGUUUUGUCUUAAAGAACUGAAGGUUGGUGUUUUUCUUCAGGUGUGGCAAACUGUCCAGGUUGUAGGUUGGAUUGACUUUCAUGUGUUCGUGUGAAAGUGGAAAAUGUAUAAAAAUGCAACCCUCGUCCUUUUUUCUCUUUUAUUGACAAAAUGAAGUGGAAAAAAGGUUUGAUAUGUCUCACUUGAUUUUCAUGAGGAGAAAAUCCGUCCACUGUGUUGUCAGUGACGGCCAGCACCAAUCGACAUAAAAAAAAAAAAAUACUGGCUAAAAAUUCUACCAAAGAGUACUUUGAUAAAAAAUAAAUCUCAAAAGGCUUAAGUUCCGCUGAACUUCACUUGGGACUCCAUGAUCAUGUUUCGGCACUGAUCCCGACGUCCUGACCGCCUCCUGAUCGGAUCGAACCUGCUUUUCCUUCCGAUUUCACUUUGAUCUCUGUUUCUUCUUUGGUUUGAACUUUGGCCCUGUGCUGUGUCUGUGUGGAGCUUUCAGUCUGUGUCUCGGUUGUGUUACGAGGUGCCCCCCACAAGUCGUCAGAGAGGAGGGACAACUCGCAGAGUGCCACCUGUUGGUCAGUGUUGAAAACUAAGUUUUUCAAGCUAAAUUUCACGUUUUUCCACAUACGUCUUUUUUGUGUGACGGCUCUCAGAAUCCGCACCAGUUGACUGUCGCCGGUGCAUUUGGCGGCGUUGGAGUGGAUUUUUCUUUUCCGUUGAGAGGUGUGAGCAGCUGAUAUUAGCUGAAAGUGGGUGUGGAAGUUUAAAAUCAGCCACACAUAGCCAGCGUAGAGUAACCAUGGUGACCGUGGAAGAGGGUGUGGUCACCAAGCACCAGCAGGAUCUGAAGGACUGACGACAAAGUCUGUGUGGGAAUUACGGGCCAUUACAGCCUGCAGCAAACACGGAACGUGAGUGACGCUGUGGUGGUUUUGGGUCUGCACCUUAUGGAUCACAAAUACCUUGUCGUUUUUUUAUUGUAGCCCAGUAUAUCAUAAUAAAAGUAACCGUCUGAUCAUCCA